AUGACGGAUGAUGUCCAAGUUCCAACCAGCAUGUCUGAAUAUAAACGGAAUAUGCCCUCUGAAAAACCACAAAUCCAAGUCAUUGAUAUUAUUGAUCAAAUAGCAAAUUCUGUUGAGAUAUUUCCUUAUGAAACUGACGAACCUAAACCUGGUUUCCUACUUACACAAGAAAACCAAGAAGGAAACAUUAGUUUAGCAGAGAACACAGUAUAUGACGGUUCGGUUGAGGCAAAGGAGAUGUCACUUUUAUAUCAUCUUGUAUCUUCUAAAGGAAAGCCUGGGGGAAACAAAGAAGAAAAAGAUGGUGUAUCUUCCCAGGAAACGAGAGACUGGGAAGAAGAAUCUGGAGAAGAGCUGUGUGUGGAGAACCAUCCAUUAAGCACCGAAGGACAUGAAGUAACGAAGCCAGAAGAAUGGGACGCACAGCAACUUCAGGAUGAAAAGGCCCCCAGCACUAAUGAGGCAGAGGAAGAUCAGGAAGAAGUGCCGUUGAAUGAACCCAAGGAACAAAUUAAAGAAGACACUCAAUUAGAAGCAAAUGAGGAUGCUGCAGAUGAAGACUCAGAUGGCACAGAAGGAGAGCAGAAAGAAAAUAAUGAGGAGUUGCAUAAACAAAGGCAAGAGGAGAACCGCAAUGAAUCCCUUCCUACCAGCCCCAGCUGCCACUCUCAGACUGAGACAGCCAAUGAGCAGACAGGCUCGCUGAAAAUAAACGAUAUCUCCAGGCACAGCUAUUCUCGAUACAACACAAUAUCUUACCGGAAGAUCCGGAAAGGAAACACCAAACAAAGAAUUGAUGAAUUUGAGUCCAUGAUGCAUUCAUGA